UUCGGUACAGAAGUUGAAGAAGAACCCGCACAAAUCACAUUCGCCAUUUUCAUAUUUUUAACGGAUAAAUAAAACUUCAGAGUUUUCAAAAUUCUCUCUCUGUCUCAGUCUCAGUUGUUAGUAUGGGUGUGAAGAACUUGUGGGAUAUCUUGGAAUCAUGCAAGAAAACUCUACCACUUCACCAUCUCCAGAACAAGAGGGUGUGCAUCGAUCUCUCUUGCUGGAUGGUUCAGCUUCAAAACGUUAGCAAAUCGCACUCUUGUAUGAAAGAGAAGGUUUAUCUCAGAGGUCUCUUUCACCGCCUCAGAGCUCUCAUUGCUGUUAAUUGCACCAUUGUUUUUGUCACAGAUGGAUCCAUUCCUGCUAUUAAGUUAUCAACUUAUAGACGCCACUUAAAUUCAGGAAGUGAGGUUACUCAAGAUGAUAGAAACUUGCAAAAUGUUACCUCUCUACAAAGAAAUAUGGGAUCUGAGUUUUCAUGCAUGAUAAAAGAGGCUAAAGUUUUGGGCAUGGCACUUGGCAUUGCUUGCUUAGAUGGGAUUGAGGAAGCUGAAGCACAGUGUGCAUUACUAAACUCCGAAUCGUUAUGUGAUGGGUGUUUCACUUCGGACUCAGAUGUCUUUCUUUUUGGUGCAAGGACCGUGUAUAGAGAUAUAUGCCUUGGAGAUGGUGGUUAUGUCACUUGCUAUGAAAUGACAGACGUUGAGAGACGGCUUGGAUUUGGAAGGAACUCAUUGAUUACCCUUGCACUACUUCUUGGCUGUGACUACUCUCAAGGAGUUCAUGGUCUGGGUCCUGAGUCCGCUUGUCAGAUUGUUAAAUCAAUUGGAGAGAAUGUUGUUCUUCAAAAAGUUGCCUCUGAAGGACUGUCCUUCAUAAAAAAGAAAAGAAGUUCAAAGAAACAGGGGGCCGUUUCCAAGUGCAAUAAUAGCAAGGAGAACUCACUGGAUCAUGAUAUGAAUGUUAAUGGAAGUAAGCAUGAUUCACAAAGGGAUGAUCAGCACUUGCAAGUUAUUGAUGCAUAUUUGAAGCCCAAGUGCCACUCGGCAGAUUCUGAUGCUGUGCAUAGGGCUCUUGCUCAAAAUCCCUUUCAACGUGCCAAACUUCAGCAGAUAUGUGCUCAGUUUUUUGAGUGGCCUCUUGAGAAAACAGAUGAGUAUAUCCUUCCAAAGAUUGCUGAACGAAACUUACGGCGAUUUUGUAAUUUGCGAUCAACUUCAUCAGAUCUAGGACUGAAGCUUACAUUACACAAGAUACCAGUUAAAUGCCCUGUGUCUAAAAUUAUCAAGCAUCGAAAGGUUCAGGGAAGAGAUUGUUAUGAGGUCUCAUGGGAUGAUUUAGAUGGACUUAAAACCUCCAUAGUACCAGCGGAUCUUGUAGAGAGAGGGUAUCCAGUUCUACACCUGGAACUGAGCAAACAAAAAGUUCUACAAUCAUUUUUCAGAUAUUUCUUGGUGGUAUUCUGGAUAAGCAAAUAUGCUUGUCCUGAGAAGAUUGUGGAAUUUGAGGAGGAAAGUGCUGAAAGGAAGAAACAAAAUCACAGGAAAACAAGGACAAAGAAAUCAGAAAAGGGAUCUUCUGUGACUGAAAUUGAUCUAAAACUCCAAAGACUAUUACUUGACAUCGAAUUAGAAAGCAGUUCUGUUCACAAUGCCUCCUUUUCUUCAAAUGUGGAGAUAUCAGAAAGCCGUACUGCUGCACCAGAAGUUGAUCUAACAAACCAAGAUCUGUGGCAUGAUCCAAAGAGCAGUGAUGAUAUAUCUUGCAAUGAAGUUGGUCCAAGUACUGCUAAAAGUGAGGUUAUUGAUCUCUUAAGCCCUUCCCCGCCAAGACAAUCCCGUAUCGUAUCCAAAUUUCCAAAAUCAAAUGGUCAAUGUAUUGAUGUAAUUGAUUUGAGUGAAUCAGAAACUGAUGUGUCUCCUGAACAUAAGAGGAAGGCAAGAGAGUUAAGAUUGUUCUUAGCCAGCAUUAGGGAUGAAAUCUCUUGAAAUCUCAAACGUAGGAUGUAAAGUUCAAAUUCUUUCAUUCUCAGAUCUAUAGUUCUUGGCUUUAGACCUUUCCGGUAGUUUGUGAUUUGGUUUCGAGCUAAAGGUUGUAUUCCAUACUUCAAUUU